ACCCUCCGGAAUCUAAAAGAUAAACUGAAAAACCAGAACCAGAUUCACAGACUUCCUUAAUCUCCGUGAAAGACCAUCAACUCCAUGACUACAUACACAGCACCACCACCACCACCACCACCAGAUUGGGGUCCAUCAUCAUCCUCAGAUGAAGAAUCGCCGCCAUCUUCCUCGCUAACAUUCGACAAGGAACGCCACGUGGCCUUCUUGGAGAUGAUGUACCAUAUGUUACCUUGCCAUCACCAAUCACAGGAGAUCAACCAUCUCACUCUCGCCUACUUCGUUAUCUCCGGUCUCGACAUCCUCGGUUCCCUUGAUCGCGUUGACAAAGAUGCGGUUGCUGCUUGGGUUUUAUCUUUGCAAUCUAAUCCCGGAGAUAAAGCUGAAUUGAACAGUGGACAGUUCUAUGGGUUUUGUGGCUCUAGAUCUUCUCAAUUUUCUUCGGACAAUGAUGGGAUUUUAAUUCAGAAUCACAGCCAUUUGGCAAGCACGUAUUGUGCCCUGUCCAUACUGAAGACUGUUGGCUACAAUUUGUCAAAUAUCGACUCCAAAUUAAUAUCCAUGUCAAUAAGAAACCUCCAGCAACCUGAUGGGAGCUUUCUGCCUAUCCAUAUUGGAGCAGAGACAGAUCUUCGAUUCAUAUAUUGUGCUGCGGCCAUCUGUUUUAUGUUGGAGGAUUGGAGUGGCAUGGAUAGGGAAAAAACCAAGGAGUACAUCUUCAAAUGCCAGUCAUAUGACGGUGGCUUUGGGAUGAUUCCUGGUUCAGAAUCUCAUGGUGGAGGAACUUACUGUGCAGUUGCUUCUCUUUGUUUGAUGGGAUUUAUUGAAGAUGAUGUCCUGUCAAAAAGUGCAGCUUCUUCCAUCAUUGACAUUCCAUUGUUGUUGGAAUGGUGCUUGCAGAGACAAGCAGCUGACGGUGGAUUCCAAGGGAGAGCUAACAAGCCUAGCGACACAUGUUAUGCAUUUUGGGUUGGGGCAGUUCUGAGGAUCUUAGGUGGAUCCAAGUUGAUUAAUGGAACAGCUUUGCGGGGAUUUUUGCUCACUUGUCAAUCUGAGUAUGGUGGUUUCAGUAAAUUCCCAAAUGAGCUGCCAGAUCUAUACCAUUCCUACUAUGGAUACACUGCACUCAGUCUUUUGGAAGAGCCUGGCCUUAAUGCACUCUCUGUUGAGCUUGGAAUAACUGGUUUUGCUGCGCUAGGAAUUUGACGUCAUUAUCAUGUUUUUCUUAUUGUUUGCAAUGUUUUCGGAAUUUGUUCAUCCAUAUCAGAUUGACGAUAGAUGUUCUCAUUUAUUCUAGUCUAUCCAUUUGGGGCAUCUCAUCGGAUUCAUGUAUUUUUUACAUUUUUUUUGCCAAAUGUGUAAGCUUAAUCAUAGACUAGAAUUGUUGUCUUACUAGACUAAGAGCAGUCUCUUGGCGUGUCAGAAAUUUGUCCCGUCACCAUGUUUGUCUUUCUUAGAGGCCGGUUGCAUGUGACACUGCUCGUAACUUAAAAUGGCAAGGACUGUUUUUUUAUUA